AAACUGUUUGCUCUCAUACCCGCCUAUUUUACCAGCUCUACUUCGCUGUACCACUGUAUCUCAUCAUCCCAUUUUAAAACCCUAGAGAUUAAACUAAAUUAAUUAAAAAAAAACCUAAUCAAAUUUCUACCUAUAAUUGAAUUUCUAUUUCGAUAAAAUAAUUCGGCGAUCGCAAGAAAUUAGGUUUCUCCGAUAAGCUUGAAAUUCGUGAUUAUUGCCAUGGUGGUUUAAGGUGAAAGAGGAGAGAGAAAAUGGCGGCGAUGAUGACUAUGACGAGGAGAGUAGGGAAAUAUGAAUUAGGGAGAACAAUUGGAGAAGGAACUUUUGCGAAGGUAAAAUUUGCAAUCAAUACGGAAACUGGAGAAAGUGUUGCCGUGAAAGUGUUGGCGAAAACUACUAUUCUCAAACAUAGGAUGGUUGAUCAGAUCAAACGUGAGAUAUCCAUAAUGAAGAUUGUUCGACAUCCUUUCAUCGUCAGGCUACAUGAGGUCUUAGCAAGCAGGACCAAGAUAUACAUAAUUUUGGAGUUUGUGCCAGGUGGGGAGCUAUUUGAUAAAAUUGUUCACAAAGGCAAGUUUUCUGAGAUGGAGUCUCGAAAAUAUUUUCAACAGCUUGUUGAUGCAAUCUCUCAUUGUCAUAGAAAGGGUGUUUAUCACCGCGAUUUGAAGCCAGAAAACCUCCUCCUUGAUGCUCGUGAAAACUUGAAGGUUUCUGAUUUUGGGCUUAGUGCCUUACCUCAAGAAGGAGUUAAACUUCUUCACACCACAUGUGGAACUCCUAAUUAUGUUGCACCCGAGGUUUUGAAUGGCCAAGGAUAUGAUGGGGCUGCUGCAGAUAUUUGGUCUUGUGGAGUCAUUCUUUAUGUUCUAUUAGCUGGAUUUCUCCCUUUUGAAGAAAUAACUCUUGCUACCUUGUACCAAAAGAUUAAUUCUGCCGCAUUUUCUUGCCCGUUCUGGUUUUCACCUGAUGCAAAAUCAUUGAUAGAAAGAUUGCUCGAUCCCAAUCCCAAAACUCGUAUUACAAUUGAAGAAAUUAGAAAUGACCCUUGGUUUCAAGUGAACUACAUUCCUGCACGACAAAAUGCGGAAGAAGAAGUAAACUUAGAUGAUGUUCGUGCUGCUUUUGAUGAUAUUGAGGACCAUUAUGUGACUGAACAGUCUAGGCAUAUGGACCGGGGACCCCUGAUAAUGAAUGCAUUUGAAAUGAUUACCCUAUCUCAAGGUCUAAAUCUGUCAGCUCUCUUUGACAGGCGCCAGGAUUAUGUAAAGAGACAAACCCGUUUUGUUUCACGCGAAUCUCCAAAAAAUAUAAUUUCGACAAUUGAAACCGUUGCUGAAUCAAUGGGUCUCAAGGUUCAUACACGUAACUACAAGACAAGACUUGAAGGAGUAUCUUCAAAUAGGAGAGGCCCGUUCGCUGUGGUGCUGGAGAUCUAUGAAGUUGCACCCUCACUAUUCAUGGUGGAUGUUCGCAAAGCUGCUGGUGACACCCUUGAAUACCACAAGUUUUACAAGUCUUUCUGUGCUAAACUGGACAACAUCAUUUGGAAACCAAAAGAACAUUUGGCACAUCCGAGUUUACUUAAAGCAAUGUCAUCUUGAUCUGGUUCAAUCUAAUGGAGCAAAAUCAAGUUUAUGAAUAACAGCAGAGAAUAACAGCAGAACAAGUUUAUGAAUAGACAUACUCUCCAAGGUAGUUGCCAUUGAGAGGCCACAUAAUUGUUGGGGAUUUUUAGUCUGUUAUUAGAUAAACAAAUAUGCUUGUUAAUGUACCAAUGGAAUAUGUUAAGAAAAACCACUGUAAAUUUGGCAUCUCUUUUUUGGGAUUAGGCUGGGUUGUGUACAGACAAUUGAAGCGGGUAUGUAUAUCAAUCGUGGUUUACAAAGAGGUGGUGUCUCAAAGCAAUGUUUCUACAAGGACUUUAUGAAGUUGUCUUGAAGUGUUCUGUCAAUAAAUUAGGAGAAGGUGAGUCAAAUCGAUUGAAUGUACUUCUCUGCUGCAAGAAUUUUAGAACGUUGAUUGCUAUUUUCAAUAAUGUAUAUGCAGGUUGGUUGUUACAUCUUAAAAUUAAGCUUGUAGAGAAAAAUCUUAUCAUUUUUCAAAAUAAUUAAAAAAAAUAAGC